AUGAAGCACGACAUUGGCGUAGUUACACAAGCAACAUGGAGCGGGAAGGUCCUUAAAUUCAGAGACACCACAGUCUUUUCUGUGUUGUUCUACCGGCCUUCAGACAAAGAAAGCAAAACACUCAUUGAUGGAGAAUACGACACAUUCGCAAAGAAGAUGAAAGGCAUCGUGCAAGGCCCCAAAGACGCGGAGGGUCUUAUCAAGGCGGUUCGCUCUUUGAUUCCUUCCAAUGUGAAGUCGGUAGCGAACCAGAAAGAGCUCGAUGCUCUAAUUGCUUCAACUGUUCAAAUGCCCAAGGCUCUCUUCUUCUCUGAUAAACUCACAAAGCCAUCGCUUCUUGUUAAGGCUCUCAGCAACGCAUUUAAGGACAAGUUGGCCUUUGUGCUCUUAAACAGAGACCAGUUCCCUGAGGCAGUGAAGAAGUAUAAGGUUUCUUCUUUCCCGCAUUUGGUGGUGGUGCGAAAAGAUAAAAAAGACGAAGUUUAUAAGGGGGCGUUUGAGUUUCAGAAAUUGUUUGACUGGCUAAAUGUUUUUUCAGAAACUUUCGUUAUGGGGGGAGGCUUCUCGGAUACGGCUCCCGCUGCAGAGUUCGAUCCUGAACUUCAGCCCUGGAAAGUUGAGUCUAUUCCUGAGUUGACGAAGCAGUCAAGCCAGGACGUGUGUUUCAAGAAGAGCAACAAGUUUGUUUGUGUGAUGUUGGCGAAGAGGGGCCGCGAGUUAGCACCAGAAGAGUUGGAGGUGAUGGAGUCUUUGAAAGAAGAUUAUGAAGGCCAUGAUGGCAAGGGCCCCGACUUUCGCUUUAUGUGGAUCGAUUUAGCCACAGAGAAAGAAUGGGCUGAGCUCUUUGAUAUCACAAACACUCCCAGUGUCGUCGCAAUCAACCCGCACAAGAAAGUUCGCUUCCUCAAACUAGAUGGAGACCUACCUGCCACGAAGCCCCAUAUCAGGAAGAUGCUCGAGAAGAUUUCCAGCGGGGACGCGCGCUUUAAGAUUGUGCCUCAAGCGAAAGUCCCAAAGUUUGUUGACAGAAAGGAUGCAAAGGAAGACGCCAAGAAGGCGGAAGCGAAGAAAGACGAGCUCUGA